AUGCAGAGCUGUAUUAGUGACGAUAUUGCUAUUUUGGGGGUUGAGAUGUAUGGAAAAGGUACAUGGAGUGGAAAUUGGAGGGACAUGAAGGACGGUUCACCUCAUCAUGUAAACAUAAAAUCAAGUGGAUAUGUAGCACUUUAUAUUAUAAAAUGA